CCCACCCACUCCGCCCCCCCUUCCCUUCUCUUCUCUUAUCCCUCUUCACAUGCUCGCUGUUCCAGAUCUGCCGCUUGUUUGUCUCAGCCGCCGUCGCCAGUCCUUCUUGCCUAUUCUUCUCUUCCUUGAACCUCUCACUCUGCCGAAUGCAUUUUCCCCCGUUCAAAACCAACACCAUGCUCUUCUUGUUUUGCAGGCGCAUCCAAGUUCUUGCCGUGCACUGAAGGAAGCGGCUUUUUGUUGUCACGAUGGGGGCUGGCAACUCCGAACGCGCCUAGAUCCAACUCCUCAUCGCCUCGACGUGCCCGGUCCCUUACCGGCAUCCCUUUGAAAGCUCCUGAGCUAAUAUGCGGUUCUUUCCCAUAGUCAACAAGGCUCGAAAGCCGAAAUUCGAUGUUCACAUCAAGAUAUCUGACCUCAACAAUGUGCCGCUUGUGUCGGGGGUGUCCAUGGUCAAGUGGCACCUCCCACAUAGCAUACACGGGGAGCAUCGCGGACGGACGCAAAAGUGCCCCAUUGUGAACCACAGGGUCGAGUACAACUACUCCAAGAUCGUCUCGGUCCGCAUCGGCAUCGACCGCAACGACAGCCUGAACGAGUGCCCCAUCGAGUUCGAGGUCGUGCAGGAGUUCAGCGCCGGCGGCGUCUCGGGCGCCGCGGGGCGAGACGAGAAGAUCACCCUCGGCACCGUCCGCCUCAACCUCAGCGAGUAUGUCGAGGAGAGCGAGGCGGUGUUGCGCGACGGCCGCACGGCCAACGCCAUCAAGGAGGCUCUCAUGUCGCCCGUUCAAAAGUCGUCGACCCACCGCCGCCAGCGCAGCUCCCUGAGCAACGCCGGCCUCCCGGAGACCGAUCCGAGCCCUCGGUCGUCGCGCGACGAGGAACCCCCGGAGGGCGAGAUCCAGGACGGCGUCGUGCGGCGCUACCUGAUGCAGGACAGCAAGAUCAACUCGACGCUCAAGAUCAGCAUCCUGAUGGUGCAGGUCGACGGCGAGCGCAACUACGUCGCGCCGCCGCCCAAGUCCGCCCCCGUCUUUGGCGGCAUCGCCGGGUUCGUCGCCGGCGACGCCUUCGAGCCCGUCGACGUCGGCGCCGCCACCACCCCGGGCCACCCGCCCUCGUCCUUCACCGGCAAGUCGCGCGACGCCUUCGAGGUCCAGGACAUGUACCGCCGCGCCCUGGCCGCCAGCUGGGCGAGCCAGCCCGGCGAGCUGUCGGCCGACCAGUGCAUCGAGAACAUCUUCAGCGGCGGCGAGGGCUUCGAGCCGCCUCCGGCCGCCCCCUCCUCCUCCUCCCACGCGCGGAGCCACUCGCGCCGCCACACCGCCAUCGCCGGGCAUGGCACCGGCGCCGGCGGCGGCGGCGGCAGCGGGACUUCGGGGAUGGACGGCGACACCUCUCCCAACCCGGGAGGAGGAGGAGGAGGAGGAGGAGGGAGGAGAAGGAGAAGGAGGGGAGGGGGAGGGGGAGUGGGCGGCCGGGGGCGCUACCCGCCGCAAGAGGACAGCGGCUCGGUGUCGGACGACGAAGGGGAGGAGAGCGGCGGCGACGUGAUGGGCACCCUCCGGCCGCGCGACGUCGCCCGGCUGCAGCGGCACCACCUGCGCGAGCAGAGCGUCGCGAGCGACCGGAGCGCGGCCACGGUGCUCGUGGUCGGCGGCGGCGGCGGCGGCAGUGGAGUCCGGGAUCUCGGCCGCGAGUCGAGCCGCGGCAUCGGGCUCCCCCCCAGCGGCCCGCUCCGCGAGCCGUUCCCGUCCUUCCACCGCCGCGAGGAGAGCAAGAUCACGCACGCCGGCGGGGGCCUGCGCAGCCGGAGCUCGAGCCUCGUCAGCGUGGCCACGGCGACCACGCUCGGCAGCGACAGGGAGAGGGGGAGGGAAGGGUUCAAGCGCGCCAAGGAGGUGGACGAGUUCGAGGUACGGGAGGACUUGGUUGCUUGGACCGUUCCGGGAUCUCGAUAUUAGAUGGAGAUGUGGUUUGGCAGAGGAGCGGGUUUUAUUUUUCUUCUUGUAGUUCUCUUGGGUAUAUUUCUAUGAGCCAAGUUCGCAGUUGUUGAUGGUUCUUCCGUGGAUAUGAGCAUUCAUAAUACUCGGAAGAAGCUUGCCCCCAAGGCGCAUGUGCAUUUAUUUACAUACGCCACCUACAUCUCGUUCUA